UACGCCGAAGAAGUCAAGGAGCGCAAACGACAGAGGCUGGAGCAAGUCACAGAGUAUCAAGACCUCAGCUACAUGCUGGGCACGUCGACGACGGUCGAGAGAUUGUUCAGCAUCGCGAAGUACGUGAUGCCUGCCCAUCGUGAGCGUAUGAGCACGUGGAUGUUUGAGAACAUCAUGUUCUUCCGG